UUUUCCCCCCGCGCUGCCCCGGGGGCGGUGGCGCCGGGGCGGGACCGGGGGCGGCCCCGGAGCGGCGGCGGGAGCGGCGGAGCGGAGAUGCCGUACCUGCUCAUCAGCACCCAAAUCCGCCUGGAGGCUGGUCCCACCAUGGUGGGCGACGAGCACUCAGAUCCCAACCUGAUGGACCUCCUGGGGGCCAGGAAGAGGAACAUGCUGGGGAACAACUUCUGUGAGUACUACGUGAACGACGCGCCGCGUGUGGUCCUGGACAAGCUGGAGCAGCUCGGCUAUCGCGUGAUCAGCAUGACCGGCGUGGGCCAGACCCUGGUCUGGUGCCUCCACAGGGAAUAGCCAGGAAGAAUCCUGCCUUCCACCCGGACAAGAUCCCGCUGGACAUCAUCUUACAGGACUGACAGCGAAUUUUUCCCCCUUCAUUCCUUCCUGUCCCAGACUCCCAGCACUCGGGCGGGGAGAGGAGUGGUGCAGAGGCAGAGCUGGACCUAGUGGGAUUUUGCCAUCUUUGUCAUUUCCCAAGAGCAUGGGGAGGAUAGUAUGCCCAAAAAUCAGGCAGAGGGAACAGAUGGCUCCAGCUCUGCCUUCAGCAGGAUGGCAGUCUGGCAAAUUCCAGCUUUUUACAUUUUAAUCAUCUAUUUAGCAUGCCUUAGAGGAAGCUCAGUAACAGACCCGUCUGCCUACCCUCGGGCUGCCCUGGGGACAUCCGUGCCUUCUCCUGGGCCAGGGAGGUUACAGGGGGACACCAGGCAUGGACAGCAUCCCAUCUCAUCCCUGAAAUCUGAGGGGGAACCACUAAACCUACCCGGUGGUCCGAGAAUCCCUUCCCUUGGCAGCAAGGCCCAUUUCCAUCCCACACAGGAUUGUGGUCAGCAGCAUCUUCAGACUUCCAGAUCCCAGAGUGCCAUCCAAGCCUAAUAUAGCGUUCCCAAAAUAGCACAGAAAGGUGUUGUGAGCAUUCCAGGGGCAGGCCCUAAUCCCAACAGCAGCAGCUGCACUGCUGGAAUGUUUGGGGCAGUGUAUGGAUCCUGCUGUAGGGGUAACCCCAAUAAAGCUUUGCCCUAAAGACA